AUUUACAUUGACAUCAAUUUAGGCUGUAGCUUAGGUGUAGCUUAUUGUUGAUUUCUAAGUUGCUGGUUGUUUAGGUUAGGCCUCCCUCCAUCCUCUUCCUUCUUCCCUUCUUCUUCUUUCUCUUCAUUAUUCUCUCUCUCUCGACCUUGGAAUCAUCUCCAUCGCCAUUGGAGGUCAUUGGGCCCGGCCCGGUCCGGUCUGGUUUUGUUUCAGUAAUGGAAGCAAUGGUGGUACCGCCAUGGCUGGAAAGGCUGCUGAGCACGGCGUUCUUCAAUGUGUGCCGGACUCACGGCGACGCCGCCCGGAGUGAGUGCAACAUGUUUUGCCUCGACUGCAGAGCCGACGCAUUUUGCUUCUACUGCCGCUCCUCCAGACACAAAGACCAUCAAGUCAUCCAGAUCAGGCGAUCUUCAUAUCACGAUGUGGUUCGAGUGUCGGAGAUUCAGAAGGUAUUGGACAUCAGCGGAGUGCAGACGUACGUGAUAAACAGCGCGAGGGUUUUGUUCUUGAACGAGCGGCCGCAGCCAAAGGGUAGUGGGAAGGCUGUUUCUCGUAUCUGUGAAAUCUGCGGGAGAAGCCUUUUGGACACUUUCCGUUUCUGUUCACUCGGAUGUAAGGUUGUAGGAAUAAAGGCAAAUGGGGAUGCAAGCUUUAGGUUGGAUGGCGGCGUUAAGAAUGAAUCAUCAGAGGGUGGAGUAUCAUCGAGGGCAAGAAUGAACAUGAUACUGCAGCAGCAUUCAUCAUCAAGACAAGAUCAUCAUCCGUAUCAAGAUCAAGAAUUGCGUGAAGGCUCACAACAAGACAUAUACCCGCCCACGCCUCCUCCACCUCCAGCUUCUGCUGCAAGAAGACGAAAGGGGGUUCCUCAAAGGGCACCUUUUAGGUCCUAAUAUUAAUAAUUUAACACACACGCAUAUACAUAUUUAUUCUUUUUAAAUAUAAUUAUUACAAAAAUAAUCAUCUUAUGUACACUUUACACAAGUCAUCAUAAUUCAAGGGGCUUUUUACAAAAUUAUAUAAAAUUCAAUUGUGAGUAUAUAGUGCCCCAAAGCAAAAGAAAACAAGAAACUGUGGGAAAGAGCUAGCUAGCUACAUGGCAAUAAUGCAAAAUUAAUUGUAGUUUGAUUAUAUAUAUAUAACUUUAUUUAUGUGUGA